AUGGCACUACCGCACAGAACGGACUAUCGCCACGAACGAUGCGGCGUAUCCUGGCUAAGCCUUUCGCCGUUUCAUGUCAAAACUACGCAGAACCAGUUGGUUCGUAGCAAUCCAGCUCGGUACAGCUCGGUUCGGUGUGCUCUUCAAAAAGAACGGAAACGACAAGAGGCUGACAGACUUUGGGAUGUCCCUAACGGCGUCAAGCACAUACAGCCUUUCCAUCACGACUCUUAUAACGAGGAUAACCAUGGGGCUUUCCCGCAUGACGUGAUUCUGGAGUCCCGUCAAAACGCGACUGCUCAUCGAUUGAAUCCCGAUGCUACCCGUCAAGAAGCAGACGCGAAUGACUCUCCUGAAUCCUCGCUAACAUUAGUGACUCACUCCCAGGCUGCUGACGUGGCGAUUGAGAAGUCAGGUGACGUGGCAGCUGACGUGGCAGCUGCUGUGGAUUCCGAAGCGGACGGCGAGGUUGUAAGCAAGGAAGCGUCGAUCGGCGGCACGCUGGCCGCGGGAGCGCUGAUAAUAAGCGUCGUCGCGUCGCUGGCGCUGCUGGGAUACAUGUAUAAGGACGAAAUCUCGGGCGCGAUUGAUUACUUCACAACGUACAUUGAAGGCGCGGGACCCGGGGGAUAUGUGACGUUCGUUUUAGGGUACUCGCUUCUGGAGGUGCUCGCGGUGCCGGCUAUUCCGCUGACUCUGUCCGCCGGUGUGCUUUUCGGCCCGGUCUUGGGCACGUUCCUCUGCAGCCUCUCCGGCACGAUUUCCGCGACAGUCGCGUUCCUGAUCGCGCGGUACGUGGCGCGCGAUCGCAUUCUGGAGAUGGUGCGAGGCAACAAAAAGUACGAAGCGAUCGACCGCGCCGUGGGGAACAACUCGUUCCGCAUCGUCACUCUUCUGCGCCUCAGCCCGCUCAUGCCCUUCUCCCUCGGGAACUACUUUUACGGGCUCACUUCCGUGAAGCUUCUCCCAUACAUCUUUGGAACGUGGAUUGGCAUGCUGCCAGGCACGUGGGCAUAUGUCAGCGCCGGGUCCUUUGGCCGCUCCCUUUUGGAGGCGGAGAGUGGAAGCUCACUGCUAGGUGACUCGUCUCUCUAUUCGCUGCUGGGUGGGGUGGCCCUCACUGCCUUUGCCGCCACUUACAUCACCAAAAUCGUGCAGGAUGCUGUGAAGGAAGCGGAGUAG